CACCAUGAGCCAACGCAAGCUACCACCAGUGCUUGCCCAAACUCCGAAGUGCUACUACUAGCUUGUAGGAUUUACUUUGCAUAGGAUUGACACAGCUUGAAUAGAGUGACCCCAGUGUGGGAGUAGUGUAUGCCAGCUGACGUUCCGUUCUGUUUCCUCAUCUUAUCCUGUUAUGGCUCGCCCUGUGAUGCUUGCGUUCGCCGUCGCUGCGGCUGUCGUCGUCGUUUGUCUCUACUCCUUGUCUCCGGUCGCUGCAUCUCCCGUCGCUGGAGGCUGGUCUGCCGUCAAGGGUGCAUAUAAAGUAAAAGAAGUGCAGGACUUGGCCAAAUUCGCUGUCAAAACACAUAACAAUGAAAAGAACACGAACCUCCAGUAUCACUCUGUGAAAGCUGCAUGGCGCCAAGUGGUGGCUGGCCUCAAGUGGAGGAUCGAGCUCCGUGCAUUCGACCCUGCACGUGCCACAAAGGGGCGUGUGCCUGCCUUAUAUGUGGCGGAGAUCUGGGAGAAGCCAUGGGAAGACUUUCGCCAGCUGCUCACUUUCAAGGAGGCGACUAACUAGAAACAGCGCAACACCCUGGAUUGAAAGCCUCAGAAAGGCAGAGGAGCUGGUUACUUUCAAGUCCAGGGCCCAGGGCAAUUGAGAAGUUAUGAGAUCUGCAGCUGCUGCGUAUGCUGACCGAGUGGAUUGGGUUAGAGCAAGCCAUUUCCAGUGUAUUGGGACAGAAAUGAGAUUUUGAUGCCAUGUUUAGGCAGCUUUAGGAAAGAGGCAUUGUGUCUUCUCCGCCAGGCUGUAUCAUGGGGUGACUCUUGGACUAUUUGAUGGUUGGACCGUCUAGAGGUUUUCUCUGGGAAACUAUUGUUUGGUGUGUAUAGUUUUGAGAAUUUU